ACAACAUCACCACAACACCACCACAACAACACCAUCAACAUCACCAUAACCACCACAAUACCAUCACCAUCACCACCAACAUCACGAUCACCACCAAGGCCACCAUUGUCGCGACCAUCACCACGUCUCUGCAAUGAUCACGGAGCCGGGAAGUCUGCAUCAUCAGAACGAUGGAGUCGCCGCUCUCUCCAACGUCCCCCUCCACUCCCCCGGGCACAGCCCCCUGGAGACCCCCUCGUGGGGGGUGGGUGCCUGGGAGGCUGGCCUGGUUGGGCCCUACGAGACCCCCGGUCCCGAGGGCUCCUUCGAGGGCUUGGAGGGGAUGGGGGAGGGGGGAAGGGGGGAGCCCCCCGGGAGCCCCCGCGAGCAAUGGGGGGGGCGGAUGGAGUUCCUCCUCUCGCUGCUGGGAUACUGCGUGGGCCUGGGCAACGUGUGGAGGUUCCCUUACCUGUGUUACCGCAACGGUGGAGGCGCCUUCCUCAUCCCCUACCUGCUCAUGCUGGCUCUGUGCGGCCUCCCAGUCUUCCUCAUGGAGCUCAGCCUGGGCCAGUUCAGUGCCUUGGGCCCCUUGGCCGUGUGGCGAUGCUGCCCCAUCCUUACAGGUAUAGGCUACGCUAUGUUGAUACUCUCCGUGCUGGUGAGUCUCUACUACGUGGUGAUCAUCGCCUGGACACUCUUCUACCUCUUCAGCUCCUUCCAGAGUCCCCUGCCCUGGGCCUGCGAAGCACCAAACAACCAGCACCUGUGCACGAACCUGACCUUGAACGAGACCCACGCCACGCCGAGCGAGGUGUUCUGGAAUGAGCGCGUGCUGCAGGUGGGGUCCACCCAGGGUCUUCACGACCCCGGCAGAGUGAGGGGUGAGCUAGCCGGCUGUCUCCUGCUGGCCUGGGUCAUCAUCUGGCUCUGUCUCUUCCGCGGCGUCCGCAGCUCGGGAAAGGUGGUGUACGUGACAGCCACGUUCCCGUACGCGGUGCUGCUGAUCCUGUUGGUGCGCGGGGCGACGCUGGAGGGCUCCCUGCAGGGAGUGGCGUUCUACCUGACUCCACAAUGGGAGCGCCUCGCCCAGCCACAGGUUUGGAACGACGCUGCGACACAGAUUUUCUACUCGUUGGGGGUCGGAUUCGGAGGAUUGCUCAGCCUAGCCUCGUACAACAAGCACAACAACAAUGUGAUCAGGGACACGCUGAUCGUGGCGCUGGCGGUACUGUAG